UCAGCGGCGGAAAGAAACAGUUCGGACGCCGCCUGUGAGGAAGAACGAACGCUGAGUAAUGAUGGAGCUGGACAAAAUACAGCCCAACAAACUGGACGACUUCAUUAAAAAUAACUUGCAGCCAUGCGGGUUUAAUGUCGAGGUGAGGGAAGCCGUGAAUAGGAUCUGCGAGUUUUUAAGAAAUCAGUGUUUCACCAAACAACCCAACGUUAAGGUGAUCAGAGCCGUUAAGGGUGGAUCUUCAGGAAAAGGAACAGCUUUAAAAAACAGCUCGGAUGCAGAUAUCGUCGUCUUUCUCAGUUGCUUCACGAGUUUCCAGCUCCAGAGAGACACCAGGCAUGAAAUUCUUGAGGAAAUUCAGACAAUGCUGGAUAAAUGUUCUAAAAGCCUUGCAUAUUCAGUCAAUAAUAUCAACGUCAACAUCAUAAAGCAAAGUAUCACAUCGCCAAAAUCUUUAAGCUUUGAGCUGCAAUCAAGGAAGAGUUCUGAGAGUGUGUCAUUUGAUGUUUUGCCAACCUAUGAUGUAUUAACACCACAGUAUAAUACAAGCGAAGCACAUCUCGAACUAAUCCAAUUUGCAAACCAUAAUGAGAUCACAGAAGGAGAAUUCUCUGCUUGUUUUACUGAACUUCAGAGAAGAUUUGUGAAACGGCAGUUUCCAAAGGUUAAAGACUUAAUUCGCCUGCUGAAAUAUUGGUACAAGGAGUUUGUCAAACCACGGAAAUCAGAGCUGAGAAAUGGAGCACGACUGCCUGCAAAGUAUGCCUUAGAAUUAUUGACCAUUUAUGCCUGGGAGGAAGGUAAUCACAAAGAGAGAUUUGACAUGGCUGAAGGGUUCUGCACAGUCCUGGAAUUGAUCUGCAGAUAUCAGGAACUGUGCAUCUACUGGACUGACUACUAUGAUGUCAAUAAUGAAGAUUUGGUGAAGUUCUUAAUCAAGAAACUCCACAACAGAAGACCAAUCAUUCUUGACCCAGCUGAUCCAACUGGAAAUGUGGCUUCAUCAGAUGGUUGGAGUGUGAUGGAAGAUGAGGCCAGGAAAUGGCUAGGGAUGCCUUGUGUCUCUAAUGUUGAGGCAUGGGUCGUCGAGCCAGUGAAGACAUUUGGAGUCACGGUGACGGCCCUGGAUGGUAACCAGUUUCAGCAAAAUGCCAGCAUUUACAGUAAGGUCUCUCAGAUCAAACACAGCAUCCAGAAAGAGUGGAACAUCCCAGCUUUACAGCAACGCCUGCUAUUCGAAGACACCAUUCUGAAUGAUCAGAAAACCUUGCUGGAUUCCAAGAUCUUCUUUGAUGCAAAAAUCCAGCUGCUCACCCUGGGUGUAAUGGAGAUAUUUGUCAGAAAAGAUGGACGUGACCAGACGAUCCAGGUUUUGCCAGAUGACCAGGUUUCAAGUUUAAAAGAUAAAAUUGAAUCCCUGCAGCGAAUCCAGCGAAGCCAGUACUACUUAACCUUUCAAUCAACACCGCUUGAAGAUGCACGUACACUGAAAUCUUAUGGCAUUAAGCACCAUUCUACCAUCCUUGUCAACCUGAGAUUGCGUGGUGGCACUGAGAUUCAACUUCCUAAUACAGUGGAUCCUAACUGAACAGUUUGAAAAUCAAUGGCAGUGAUAAAGACCUGAAUUAGUUUUUUCAUUUAAGGUACCUUUGGUUAAUUACUUUAGUUGAAUCAGUGUUAACUGUAACUGAUGUGAGGCAGGAACUCUUGAAACACAUCACAUAUUGUGUUCUUUCUGAUGCAACUUAUCCCAAGUUAGCAAACGUGACCAAUAUCUGAUAAUGGAACUGGGGUGAUUGGGAAGCUCGGAUGAUUUAUGCAUCGUGGGUACCUUGUCAGUGCACAAUCCCCACCCCCUCGGACCUCAUCAGACCCACGUGGACACUUCUCCCACAGUGCACUUUAAACUCUGGCAAACCCUAUGCUUGUCCACAACUCUCUUGCACCACACACGGACAAAGUGAAUAGCCGUGCCUAUUGAUCUUUGAAUCCAUUUAAUUAUUAUGCUUUUUUCUCAAGGCUCUUCUCUUAAGCGUCAUAAACAUAAUGACUUGAAUCGAGUAAAAGAAUUUUUUUGUGAAACCACAUCGGUACAACAUGAGAAAUGGCAGCCAUUGGCUAUAUGUCAGGGAAGAAACUGCUGGAAUUAUCUGAAUAAUAAUAACUUAAUAUGAUGUAAAUUCUCUUUUGUACUGUGUGAAAUUCAGCUGUCAAUAAAAAAGCUGUUUUAAUGUU